GGCUCUCAGAGUGUCCUCCUGUCUUGCGGGAUUACGCGCUCUGGACAGCGCUGGGCAGCAGGAGGAGAUCUCGCUCACUGAAGAGACUUCUCGGGCUUUUUGGGCGAGCUGUUGCGGACAGGCAAGGCUGGACCCGGGACGCGAAGCGCGGCUCACUUCUGUAGUCUCUCCGGAUGGCGAGCGGCUCCUCACGCCGCUUCCUCUGUCUCACUCCUCCUGAUGGAUCUGGGCUCCGGCGGGCCGUGAUGAGCGCUAACUGAGUGAAAUCCGCUGCAGUAGAGCUGCUGCGUUUGAGAGGUUCACUCUGCUUGGGACGAACAUGAGGCAGUUCAACAGGUCAGGGCUGGGAAGGACCUCGCAGAGUGAAGCGUGGGGCGUAUCUCAGCUGCGCUGCGCUCCGAGGGGAUCGCCUCACCGCGAGGCCUGACGCCGCUGCUCUCACCCAGCCUCCACUGAGGAGCAGGCCAGUGAUGAAGGGAGAUGAAGGAUCAUGCCUGGACGGGCCUCACUGAGAGAAGAUCCGGAGUCCACACUGGAGCUUCUGCCCUGUAGAGGCUCAGAGCUGAGACCACAGCCGAGCCGGACCUCGUUAAUAACACAGUUAUUAACACUAUAUUAACACUCUCAACCCGCAGGAGCUGCUGCUCUUUAGUUCAGUGCAUAUUUGAAAGAGAGAGAGAGAGCGAGAGAGAGAGAGAGGGAGAGAGAGCGAGAGAGAGAGAGAGGGAGAGAGGGAGAGGGAGAGGGGUCUGACCUACGCUGACCGCUGCUGUCAGAGGGAAACAGGCUUAUGAGAGCGGCUCGUGCGGGACUCAGCGGACAGGCCGGGGGGCAGCGCGCGCGGAUUAUGUGUAUAAGUGGUGUUUCUGCGCGGCAGAGAUGAAGGAAAAGUCCAAGAAUGCGGCGAAGACGCGGAGAGAAAAAGAAAACGGGGAGUUUUAUGAACUGGCCAAACUGCUGCCCCUGCCCUCGGCCAUCACCUCGCAGCUGGACAAGGCCUCCAUCAUCCGCCUGACCACCAGCUACCUGAGGAUGAGAGCGGUGUUCCCGGACGGUCUUGGAGAGGCAUGGGGUCAGCAGUCCCGCAUCAGCCCACUGGACAGCAUGGCUAAAGAGUUAGGAUCCCACCUGCUGCAGACUCUGGACGGGUUUGUGUUCGUCGUUGCGUCUGAUGGUAAAAUCAUGUACAUCUCUGAGACCGCCUCGGUUCACCUCGGCUUAUCUCAGGUGGAGUUGACAGGUAACAGCAUAUUUGAAUACAUUCACCCAUCUGACCAUGACGAGAUGACCGCAGUGCUGAGUGCUCACCAGCCGCUUCACCCACACUUUCUACCAGAGUACGAGAUGGAGCGCUCCUUCUUCCUCAGGAUGAAGUGUGUGUUAGCUAAACGGAAUGCAGGCCUGACGUGUGGUGGUUAUAAGGUGAUCCACUGCAGCGGCUACCUAAAGAUCCGUCAGUAUGUGAUGGACGUGUGUCUUUAUGAGUCGUGUUAUCAGAUCGUGGGGCUGGUGGCUGUGGGCCACUCUCUGCCCCCCAGCGGCAUCACAGAGAUCAAACUACACAGCAACAUGUUCAUGUUCCGCGCCAGCCUGGACCUCAAGCUCAUAUUCCUCGACAGCAGAGUGGCCGAGUUGACUGGGUACGAGCCACAGGACCUGAUAGAGAAAACACUGUACCAGCACGUGCACGGCUGUGACGUGUUCCACCUGAGAUACGCGCACCAUUUGCUACUGGUGAAGGGGCAGGUCACCACAAAGUAUUACCGCAUGCUGUCCAAGCAUGGUGGCUGGGUUUGGGUCCAGAGCUACGCCACCAUCGUCCACAACAGCCGCUCCUCUCGCCCACACUGCAUCGUCAGCGUAAACUAUGUCCUCACAGACGUGGAGUAUAAGGAGUUGCAGUUGUCUCAGGAUCAGAGCAGGCCCAGGCUGGCGCUCUCCUAUAAGACCUCCCUGCCUCCCCCAGCGGACACCCGCAAACAGCUCAAAGCCAAGCCGGCCAGGAUCAAAACCAAACCCAAAAUAUCUCCAUACCCACAGAUAUCCAUGUCCUCUGAUAAGCUGGAGUCUCCUCCGGGAAGCGGCUGGAAGUCCAGUCCCCCCUGCAGUCUGUCAUCCUGUCAGGAACAGAGUCCAGUCUCCCUGCCCAUCCCAGAGCCAGGCGAGGUGCUGCCUUACAGCCUUCCGCUGCCUUACCCCUACACUCACACUUACACACAACACCUCCCCACAGACUGCAGGAAGUUGCGGGCAGCGGCGAGUUCUCCUGAGCAGGCAGCGGGCCAGCUGCUCUCCACCCUGCCAGCCCACGGGGACAGCCACUGGGGCAACAACAGCUCUUCAAAACACAGCAUAAACCCCCAUGCACUCAACUCCAAACCCCUUCUACACCCCCACUCUGGCAGCCCCACAGCAACACCCGGCAAUAACACUUACGCAGAUCGCGGUACAGUGGGCAGGGGCUUCUCCAGCGAUGCUCUGCAUGAUGGCUUCAGCAGCUGCUCCUCUUCCAGACCCUGUAGCCGCUUUAAAGAGGAGCCAUAUGAUCAUCCCUCUCUGGGCCAGGGCAGGCCAGAGAGUCGCCUCCACGCCCCUAUACAGAGCGGUGCAGAGGCUAGGAAACUGCAGCUCCUUCGGGACAGCAAAGACCCAGCAGAGAGGGGCGAGAUGUCCGUCUCGUGUCCGCUUCUGGCAGGAGGAAUGCUGGGCAAGAGCAAUUGUGAGCAGCCUCGGAUGUCCCAAGGCCUCAGCCAGCACCUCCCCAUGCAGAUGGUCCUUGAGCAGAGACGCAGGCUUCGUUCGGCUGAGGCACCGUUUGAACCCCAAUCAGGACACCUUGGGCACUGCGACAGCAACGGAGAGCGCAGAGUGGCCAGGGAGGAAGACAGGAGAGUACUGAGGGGAAUGGGCCUCCAAGCACAGUCUCCCUUUGUCUCUCUGAACUUUCACCACGUCCUGGCCAAGCGCGGCUCCUUCCCGGCCACGCCCUACUCACUGAGUCACCUGACGGACAGCUACGGUUACCGAGGGGAGGAGCUACACCCCUACCUGUACAGAGGCCAAAGCCCGGCCUCCAGCCCCUCCCCCGAAAGCCACAGUGAGAUCCCACACUACAUCGGCACCUCGGUCAUCAUCAGCAACGAGAGGUGACAAAGCUCAGAGGUCGGGUAACGAGGACGCUGAGGUUAUGACCUACUCAUUACGUGGCACACUAUUUCGGGGGCCUGUUCUUUUGUAAUGGUGUCCAAAAAUAAAUAAUAGGGGCAAAACUUUGACCCCACGAUGCCCCACAAAAGGUAGUCUACAUACAGUGUACCCCAUUGGACACAGAAUACCCAUAUUGCACUGUGCUGUUUGGUUUGGUCAGAGGAGGAUAGCGGUUCAGCUCACAUAAUGCUACAGUAGCGCUGAGGGAAUGCCAUAGAGUCAUGAGGAAAAUUGUGUAAGGUUAAUAUACAAAUUUGUUUACUUGAAUCAAAUUCGGUUCCCUGUAUUGUUCUAGCAUGCUCCUGAUUUCCAGUGUGGGGAACAGUGAUCAAGUAUUGAUUUUGAACACAGUGUAAGACAUAGCAAUUGGUGAGUGUGAACCUCCUCGAUGCUUCAGUGCAUCAGACGUAGACACAGCUGCACACAAAUAAGCCAAUACCUGCCUCCGUGUGGAGCAGCACACAACUUCAGGUACUGAGUAUAUUCUAUUUUUGCAAGAAACUAAGCCAGUAGCAAGUGUUCAGUAAGACAGCAAAGAGUGAUUUUAGUCAUAAUGCUGGGAACUGGUGUGAUAUCCAGCAGCCAUCCAGGGAUUUUCCUCUGAAUGUCCUCAUAUUUGCUGCCAUCCUGAACAGUUUGUGUUGAUGAGAUGGUGAAUAUGCAAGAACAGAUGUCCUGACAUCCUGCCACCCCAACUAUACCUUUGAAUAAAAAAUAAAUAAAUAAAAAACCACUGAGAUCCUGAUAUUGUAGAAGUUAAUGUCACAGCCCACUGACGUUUUCCCCCAUUGUAAAGAUAUUCUCAAGGGUUUUACUCGAAAAAGUUGUAUGAUGGCCCAAAGGUUUCAGCAGCACUUCAGCUGCUCUAAAGGAAAGCAAGCUGGAAUAAAACCUUACAUGUCAAUUGUUGUUUUGCAUAAUUUGGAAAUAUCACCUGCCUUUUACACUGUGUCAAAAUUUUAUGAAGUGACCAAUAAAAAUGAUCUAAAAUGACACAAAA